AUGCAGAACAGGACUGUUCUAAUUCUCUGUGCCCUCUCCCUCCUCACAGGCUUCCUGAUGAUCUGCCUGGGGGGCUUCUUCAUCUCCAACUCCAUAUUCCACUCCCAGAGGAAUCUGGUUGUGUCCUACGUGCUUCUGCCUAUGGGGUUUAUGAUCCUUCUGAGCGGAAUUUUCUGGGCCACUUACUGCCAAGCAAGUGAAAACAAAGAGAUGUUCAACCACGCGCUCAGACAGCACCUUGCUUCCCAGGACCCACCCCUGGCCACGGUAGACAGGCCCGACUUUUACCCCCCGACUUAUGAAGAAAGCCUGGAUGCUGAGAAACAGGCCUGUGCUGCAGGUGGAGGGCUUCUGGGAUUCCCUCCUCCUCUAUAUACAGCGACAAGCCUUGAACUUGAAGAGGAAAAUGACCCGCAACCAGAGCCCCCGCCCCCCUACCAGGAGAGCACAGCAGAUGCAGUGGUCACAGCAGAGGCACAGGAUGCCGAUGCCGGGGACCAAGCCCAGCACUGAAGGCAGGACCUGCUCUCCUGUACUCAGAACUCACCAGCUGCUGAGGAGACAGGCUGGCCAGGAACUGGGAAGCUUCUCUGCCACUCUGCACUGGAGCAAGGCCACCAUGGGUUCAAGGGCAGCAUGGGGCCGUUGAAGUUCAUAGCUACCAGCAGGAAGUUGGUGCAGAGAAAUCCCAUGAAGCCCAGCCCAAGUGAACCUUAGACUGAAGAGAAGGUAUAUGGCCAGGCCUUCCACCUCCCUGCUAACCCCAUGACCUCAACUCAAGCCUGGAGGUGCACUCACUGUUGGUGGGACUGCCACAGCCCUUCACAUACUAUGUCCGAAGAAUCUCAAAGGGAAGACUGCCUGGGAGGCAGCCUUGGAGUCAC